GCCAGUUGUCAGUGUGUCUGGGCGAGUACGCUUCGUUAGCACACCGAAUAAGCCGACAGUGAGUCAUACGGCAGCGGUCGGAACUUGAAAUAUGACGAUAAGCAAAAUGGGAGGAAAGUCGUUGCUAGCUUACUGAAGUUGGAGGUUCUCCUUGUGGAAGAGGAAGAGGUGGCGGCGGACACCACGAGUUCACUCUCACAAUAAAAGGAGUGAGCGCAGCCUUCCAACAUACUUCCUCGAUUGCAUUGGCCUAAGAUGAGUAUUACCAGUGACGAAGUGAACUUCUUGGUCUACAGAUACCUCCAAGAAUCAGGUUUCUCCCACUCAGCAUUCACCUUUGGCAUCGAGAGCCACAUCAGCCAGUCUAACAUCAAUGGAACACUAGUGCCCCCUGCAGCCCUCAUCUCCAUCCUGCAGAAAGGGCUUCAGUAUGUGGAGGCAGAAAUCAGCAUCAAUGAGGAUGGUACAGUCUUCGACGGUCGGCCAAUCGAGUCGCUGUCGCUCAUUGACGCAGUGAUGCCAGAUGUGGUGCAGACGCGGCAGCAGGCCUUCCGUGACAAGUUAGCCCAGCAGCAGGCGGCCAGUGCCAUGGCAGCUUCAACCUCUGGAAACCAGUCUAAUGCACCAAAGAAUGGAGAAGCCACUGUUAAUGGGGAGGAAAAUGGCACUCACAACAUGAAUAACCACAGUGAGCCCAUGGAGAUGGAUGUAGAUGUUGCGAUACCAGCCAGUAAAGCCACAGUGCUCCGGGGCCAUGAGUCUGAAGUAUUCAUAUGUGCCUGGAACCCUGUCAGCGAUCUGCUGGCCUCAGGCUCGGGAGACUCCACAGCCAGGAUCUGGAACCUGAAUGAGAAUAAUAACUCCAACUCCACCCAGCUGGUGCUGCGCCACUGUAUCCGAGAAGGUGGCCAGGAUGUCCCCAGCAACAAAGACGUCACCUCACUAGACUGGAAUAGCGACGGGACUCUCCUGGCAACUGGCUCAUAUGAUGGAUUUGCCAGGAUAUGGACAAAGGAUGGAAAUCUGGCAAGCACCUUGGGGCAGCACAAAGGGCCCAUAUUUGCACUCAAGUGGAACAAGAAGGGGAACUCUAUUCUCAGUGCUGGCGUAGAUAAGACGACAAUCAUUUGGGAUGCACACACAGGAGAAGCCAAGCAGCAGUUCCCUUUCCACUCAGCCCCUGCUCUGGAUGUCGACUGGCAGAACAACACCACCUUUGCCUCCUGUAGUACAGACAUGUGCAUCCACGUAUGUCGACUUGGCAGCGACAGGCCCCUCAAGACGUUCCAGGGCCACACAAAUGAAGUUAAUGCCAUUAAGUGGGACCCAUCAGGUAUGCUGCUUGCAUCCUGUUCAGAUGACAUGACGUUAAAGAUUUGGAGUAUGAAGCAGGAGUCCUGUGUUCACGACCUCCAGGCUCACAAUAAAGAGAUCUACACCAUCAAAUGGAGUCCCACAGGCCCUGGCACAAACAACCCCAACUCCAACAUCAUGCUCGCCAGUGCCUCUUUCGACUCGACAGUGCGACUGUGGGAUGUCGAGCGAGGCGUUUGUAUUCACACGCUGACCAAGCACCAGGAACCUGUCUACAGUGUGGCCUUCAGCCCUGAUGGCAAACACCUGGCCAGCGGCUCCUUCGAUAAGUGUGUCCACAUUUGGAACACCACGACUGGAGCCUUGGUGCACAGCUACAGGGGUACUGGUGGUAUUUUCGAAGUAUGCUGGAACAGCACCGGGGACAAAGUUGGUGCCAGUGCAUCAGACGGCUCGGUAUGUGUUCUUGAUCUCCGAAAAUAGCUGACUUGAGACUUUGAUGAUGUAUCCUGGAACGUGCAGCAAAUUGUCUUCUUCUGACAUCAACAAACACACUCUCAUUGCUCAAGAAGAGCUGUUAAGGUGGACUGAAACAAAACCCUCACAGGAGCAAAACCAGAUGACUGCAGCAGCUUCUGAGGAGCCAACACCAACUGAAUUCAGUGCACCUUACAGUCUGUUGAUGUGUGUUUUACGACACGCCUGUUUUAGACAAUGGAUAUGAGUUAAGAGAUCCCCAAGACUGGACUGAAUCCAACUCCCUGGGAGCAUCCGUGUUUUAAAAGGGUUCUAAUGAGGAAGUGCUGUGAUCCCUCCGGGCCCCUGGUCCAGCUGUUAUCGGGUUAUAAGGGUUGGAAACACAAAGAUGAGUUUUACAGAAGAGAAAAGUGUUAAUGAGACACAAGUUUGGCUGUGAAAGGCAACAAAUUAUGAAAGAGAGGUUGUGGUUUUAGAAUUCCUUUGUGCAAAUGUUACUUCAUGUCCAAAUGAACUAACUGGUGACAUGAGAAAAGUAACAUCAAUACUGAAGCACUGGUAUUGUCUGUUGACAGGGUGCUUAACUUCUCCUCAGUGGAGAAUAGUUUGUUUCAAGAGUACUUCUUGCUUUUUUUGUCUAUUUUCCACAGAUGGAUUUUUGAAAGUCAAAACUGAAUGUGCCGCUACAAGGUAGUUCUUAGUUCACGUUUAACAUCAGGUCAACAAAAGGAAAACCUGCCAAGAAAUAUUCUCAAUCUCCUAAAAUGACCUGCUCAAUUCACUCGAGAUUAGAAAAUGUCAUUUUGUGGACAAGAUGUGAAAAGUGUGGUUUACAAAGAGAAUUUUCUCCCUUUUUGGAUGUAAAUUUAAAGAAUGUAAAGAUAUGUAAAUUAGAUUAAUACACAGACUUAUAUACUGUGUAUAUAUGUUUAUAUACAGUACUCUUUAUUGCCAUCCUGUAGGGGCUCAUUAAUGGCUAGAGCUGUCACAUCUUUGCUGAUAAUGCACGACAAGACCUCUUUUUAAAUGAAGUGCAUGUCUCAACAACCUCUUUUAAUACAGUCUUUCUCAACUCGACCAAUCAUAUCCAGUGCAUCAAGUUUUGUUUUUUUGCCCCACCCCCCCAAGUGAGUCACAAAUGGCAUCGAGACAGGUGUGUUGAGUAACUUUUGCUCUGUUCUAUUGAUCAUUGAAAGCCAAGGAGGAAAGGUGCAUCUCAUUAUCAGCAUUCAGGGAAUUAUGUAGUCAACAAUGUGGGAGUGAACAAUCAUCACAGUUUCCUGUUUGGUUUGCUGCUUUAAGAUGGUGUUAUAUGUGGAACAGUACAUCAGAGAAUGAACAACAAAACCCUACCUGUGAGACCUACUACAGCUUGUGAUUAGCAUUACCAUGGUUUCUCUUUGGCACUUUCCUCUGAUUGAUCUACUGAAAAUUCAGAGCCCAUUUUGAGCAGAAGUUGGAGGUCAAGCAAAAGUCUCGCUGUUGAUUUAAAAAAAGAAAAAGCAAGAAAAGAAGAUGAGCAGCUAUGAUUGGACUUGUCCAGUUGCACCGAAUGCUGCCCACUGAUCAGAUUAGGUCAGAUUUUAAAUGCCCGUGUUGCGGGGGCUAAACUUCAGUGGUGUGCAGUAGGUCUGCCUCCCUCUGCAUACUGGGAUCUAAUGUAAAAGAGAGAAUCUACAAACUAACUUGGCAUCACUUUGAUUUGCCUUUUUAUUCUGGUCCCUUUCCCUUUCAGUCAGCUUCAGCUAGAGAAACGUGAAGUGCACUUUUUGUAAUGGCGGGUUCAGCAAAUUUUCCGAUUUUGCUGAAAGAAAAGGGCCAAUUUAUUUCUGUCUUUUUUUUUUUUCUCUCCAUUUUUUAAAAGUCACUAUUGGAAGUUAAUGGGUGGUUCAUUGUUUUUCAUUUGCUGAGAGCCAUUAUUGUCUGUGUCAGACUGAGAAUUGGGCUGUGGGUCGGUGGCCAUUCUUGGCAUGCUAAGGAGCCCAGUAUGGAGUAAGUGCUGUGACAGCUACUGUCUCUCUCACACCCUGGUCCAGGGUGCGGUCACCUGUUUCCAAGACAAACUUUUGAAGUCAUUCAGUGUCUCAAAUAAAUCACUCUAUUUUGAUAUCAGAAA